CCCUGCGUACACACCAAAACAAAGCACCACGCGCGCUUUACGCUUCCUGGCAGCUGAGAUGCUCCUUCCUUCUUCCCUCACUCUACUACUCUACCAUAUGGGCGCGCACAAGUGCAACGCAUCGCAUUUCUCCAGUCCACACAGAGAACCAUUUAGGUAGGAGCAGGAGAGACCGAUAGACCAUCGCUACUCGAUUCGGUCUCAUCACUAGCUGCAGUUGCUUCUUCGUUCUUAGCUUCCUCGCACCAGCUGCAACCAUUUCAAGACUGUUCAUAGCUAGUCCGUUAUCGAUUUAGGGGAGAGCUUCGCAGCAGCAGCAGCAGCAGCAUCCGAUGGAGGUGUUGGUUGAUGUUGCCUGCUAAAGUGUGUGCUCCGUGGGUGCACGCACAGGUGCUGCCAUGUAUCCGCAGAUGGUAUACCAUGCUGAUGUUCGGGCGAGGGAGAUGGAGUUGGCGGCCGACAGGCAGAUGGGCUGCUCUUGUGCCCCCUUGGGAAGGAUGAUAUCGAGAAUGAUCACAAAAUGCAACGGUAACGAGCGCCAAGGGCGCGUCAGGUACGACGAGAAGAUGGACUACGCCAUGGCGUACGCACCCGCGCAGACAUGCUACGUGCGCCCAACUGCGCGCACGGUCACAUUGGCCACCACCAACAACCACCACCCGCCCCACGCUCACGCCGUCCAGCCGGAGCCGCCGCAAGCGCACGCGACGGCGAUGACCCUGCAGCCCGGCACGCCGUUCCCCUCCACGGGCGCCCCUCCUCAGGGCGCCCGCAAGCCCAAGAAGAAGAAGAAGAAGCGCGUUCGGUUCACGCCAUCGGGGCCGGUGCCCGCGGACGACGACCAGCCGCCGCCGCAUCACGCGCAGCAUCACACCGCGACAGUGGCGAGCAGCGGGGCCGGCGGCACAGCUGGCGUGGUCUACUACCACGGUGCUGCCGAGCCGCCGUCGUACCCAUCCCCUGCUCCGCCGCCGGCACACGGCGGGCAGGGCGGCCACGGGUACGCGUACGGCUACGGCCGGUACUCGCCGUCGCCGCUGCCGCGGUGGGAGACGCUGGCGGGCACGCCGAGGCGGCACGAGUACUUCUCCAGCGAGUACCGUUGGUACUACCCGACGCCGGUGCGUGAGGGCAUCUACAGCAUCGCCACCGACGCCAACGGCCGGCUCAGCACCAUCUUCAGCGAGGAGAACCCCAACGCGUGCACCAUCGUCUGAGCAAAUUGUUCGGUGGUCAGAGGUCACUGGUCGGAUCAGAGAAUAAAUUGACUUCUUAAUUUCUUACUUUGGACAAUUAAAGUAGUCAACUAAUUAGGAGAUCAAGGAAUAUGGUUCUUGUAGUGUUGUGUAGAUAAGCUACUAAGGUUGAUCAUGAAAUGGAUUGGUUCGAAUGUUUUGAUGCUUCGGCUUAA